CAUAACCCACAUAGCUCUGCGACAUUUGGCCAUUUCUCUCUGGCGGAAUUCUCCCCCGAACCUCCAGCAGAGACAUAAUCUGCACUCACCGGACUUGACAUAAAUUUUUGUGUUUUUCUUCCCCACAGCUAAUUUUUAAGCUGUUGUUUCUCGCAUUUCAAAACAUUAGCAGUUGUGUCUGAUGGGUUCUGUGCAAUGAGGACCACAUGUCAUUGGAGGAGAUUGAGUCACUUGCGAUUUUUUUUUUCUCACUCAGUCUAGGAAUACGUCCAAGAGUGAGUGUUAUGUGUUACUAACGUAUCAGAGACUUAUUUAAUCAUACUCUCUCUUCCCAAAAGGUAUUCCUAAGGAUUGUUUGAGUACUUGGUAUCUUGGACAGUUACUGAGGUUAUUGUUUACAGAUAUUGUAAGAUUUACCUGAAUUGGACUUGUUGAUUAAAACAAUUCAAAGGUGGAAUAUAACGUGUGUGUGAAGAAGAUAUGAGGACAGGACAUUUUGUGAGAUAUGGACUCGCUGGACAAGCAGUCAGCAUUAAAUGAAUUUAAAUCAUGAAGCGAAGCCAACAUUUUAUCUGGGAUUUUACUCUACUAUGGUGCUGGCUCAGUUACUUUGCACAAGGUGACCAAAUAAAAUUCCUGGAAUCCCUUGCCGACCAAACUGUCAGGAAGGGACACCAAGUCUCAUUCACGUGCUCAAUUGGUUUCAACGACGAUGACACGGAACAAGAAAAUCUCCGUAUCCGAUGGAAACACAAUGGGGAGGUCCUUGACACGAGGUCACACAGGUUCAAGGUGAUGGACGGUGGGCAGACAUUGGUCCUGAGGGAGGCGGAUUAUGGUGACGCGGGGCAGUACACCUGUAUAGCCAGCGUGAGGGGACAGGUCAAUGAGAAAGAGAAAUCCUCAGCCAAACUCAUUGUCAAAGGCACACCUGAACCUCCACAAGACGUAGAAAUCAGUUCCUGCGGACCAAAGAGGGUGGAAUUGAUUUGGCGCGAUGGUUUGGAUGGAGGCGAACCCAUCAACGAGUACCUCAUACAAUACAACACGUCAGAUAACCCCUACUACUGGAACUCAGCGGACGAGGAAAUCGAAUACAUGGACAAGGUAUCCAAGACCGCCUUCAUCAGCCUGUCCCCCUGGGGCUGGUACUCUUUUCGCGUGAUGGCAAAGAACAGUCUGGGAUACAGCGAACCGAGUAAGCCCACGAAAACGGAAUGUAACACGCCGCCCGAGAGACCGACGUCAAAUCCGGUUAACGUUAAGAUGAAGACGGACAAGGAGGGAAAACUAAUCAUUACUUGGGAUCCAAUGCCUCGAAUGCAGCACAAUGCUCCAAGCUUUGGUUACAGGGUGAGCUGGAGAAAGCGGGGCAGCACGUUCUGGAACAAGAAGGACAUUAAGAACGCUAAUGAGAACCAGUUUGAGGUAGACGUGGACGACGUUUAUGGUCUCUACGACGUCCAGGUACAGGCCAUCAACAGUCACGGUCCCUCGUUCAUGCCGGUGUUUACCGUACGGGGACACUCGGGGGAGGGGGAUCCAUUAAUCAAGCCUCGAGAUUUCCGAGUUGAUCCAACCAAGGACCCCAGACCCCAUGAAGCUCACUUCAUCUGGGAAUCUGUUGACCCAUUGGAUGAUAGACUCAGGGGAAAGUUCAGAGGUUAUAAGUUACAAUACUGGAAAUCCAGUGAGGGACGAAGGAACAAGGUUGAGGUUCCAAUUAUCAUAAAAACAGAUAUGGCUCACCUGUCACAUGAUGUGCGGGCUUCCAUACCUGAUUUACCGGCGAACACGGCAUUCCGAGCGCAGGUAUUGGUGAUGAAUGGACACCACACGGGACCCCCUAGUGACACCAUUGAUUUCAAAACAUCGGAGGGAGUCCCUGGUCCCGUUCGUAACCUACAGAAGGAUGAGGUACAGAGUGAUCACGUGGUCCUAACGUGGGAUCCUCCUGACGAACCUAACGGAUUCCUGCUAGGAUACGACUUAGGUUACCAAAAACUAAAUGGAGAAGUGGAGGGAGAUAUCAGGGCCCUGGAACCAAGGAUUAAUAACCCCUCCCACACCUCAGCCCGGAUCACAGGUCUACAGGCCAAUCACCAGUACCGCUUCUUUGUCUGGGCCAGAACCAGCUCAGGGAGGGGGGAUAAAAGGGGGGUGCAGGUGUUAACCAAAGGUCUUGCAAACAGCCAGAUGGCCAGCAUCCACCAAUCAGGAAUCAGUUUAGCAUCACAUGACCUUGGAGCCAACUGUCGAAUGCUCAUGGCUAUAGCAAUCUCAUGGACUUUGGCAAAACUAGUCUUCCACUGACACACACUGAGAGAGAUUAGGGUGUUCUGGUCUUAAACGGAUUGUUAAGGUUUCCUCUAUCAAUAUCAUUUCCUCAGUUAUCCUGCUUCAAGGGAUAUCUGAGAAAAAGUAUGGAGAACAUCUGAUAUUGUAGUGUGUCACCGAAUCUAAUUGAAUGAACCAGAUAUUUGCAACUAUAUGGAUUCAGAAUUGAAGCCCAUUUCACUGGAGCCAGGCUAUAGCAAAGGACGUACAGUAAUUCGAUAAUUAAGGGUCCAUCUUUAUUAUAGGGCUUUAGAUUAUGUUAACCAUAUGAAAUUCUUGUUCAAGCUGUCUUAUGUUGAAAACAAACUUUGGUAGCUUGUGCAAAGUAUCUUCCAAACAUAAAUUGGAAGCAAAUUUUGCAUGAAAAAAAAAUUUCCAAAGUGAUGAAACUGCAAACUUCAACUUGAAAUGACUGUUUUAAAAGUGCUACAAAAAAUGCAGUGCAUAUUCAGUUCUGUGAAAUUUCAGUGUAAGCCAUAGUAACUGAAACUUGAAAAAUGAAAUAAUAAGAGAUUGAAAAUUGCAAUUCCAGUACUUACUAAACCUGGGCAGUAGUUUUCUGAAAUGAUCCUACUAGCAAUGAUUGUCAGAAAAAACAAAAGUAUCGUGGUCUUUAUUGAAUGAACUUUUGAAACCUUAAUGACAUUUCAAAAAUGUGAUGAUAAUGUAACUAGUCCAAAAUAUAGCUCUUCUUUUGAGACUGUGUCCAUGACCUUCAAGUUUGUUGGGAACUGGCAGUGAACCUAAUUUUCCCGUGAUCAUUCCAACUUUGUGCAAGUUCCAUGUAACAUUCCAAUGAAGUUGGCGUAAUGCAUGCAUCAUCCAACAACCUAGUGGAAUCGUCUCGACAGCGAAUUGUUUCACAUACAGCUUCAUCCUGUGUUUAUAAAAUUGUGACAUUUUGCUGCAGUUUAAUUUCCUGGUGUGACUUUCCUUCAGAUUAAGAAAAACUGGAGCUCAGAUGACAGUCAAGUGAGCAAAGAAACCACAUGCAGAAUCUACAAUAAUGUCUCAUUUAGGAAUCUCUUCUAAUUAAUGAAUUGAUUAUGUGCCAUAAUUAGCUCUUCGUGGUUCACUGAUGUAGUAAAACCUUCACCUGGCUUCGAGUGAGCUGUACUGUAAUAAAUCACUGAUGUAUGUAGUGAAUGUUUAGUCCCCUGUCCAAGAAUGUGUCAUUUUCUGUGAACAAAGAUUUUGUAUUUGUCACAACAACAGAUAUUUAAUCAUGAAUUUUUGUACAUGUUUUAAUUUUAAUCAUGGUUAUAAAAUGAAAGAUUUUUGACGUGAAAAGUGAUAUAUGUAUUUGAUUUUCAUAGAUUUGUAUGAUUUAAAUGAGCAUAUGUAAAAGUUUCAUCAUGUCUAUUUAUAGUUAAAUAAAAAUAUAUUCAGGAUAAUAUAUAUAUAACUUUGAGCCUGCUGAAGACGUGCAUGUAAAAAUCUUUAUUCUAGUCAAACUAUAGAGUCGUUCUUCGUACUUAUUCAGUAUUAUACUUGCAUUUAUCUAUUUGAAAAAAUGUAGUGAAGGCUAAACAAUGUAUUGAAACCAAAAAACUUGUACCAAUGUUUAAAUGAAAUAUUUUAAACAUGUUCUUCAUAAAGCAGAUAUUGCUGGUAAUUCAUAUUCCCAAAUUCUUUUUUUUUUUUUUUUAAAGAAAGAUUACAUGAACAUACAUGUAUUUGAGGACAUUGUUAUCUAAUAUGUACUUAAAAAAAUGGAAUGGAAAUAAUUUUCCAAAUGAACAAUCUGUAGUUAAUUAAUAAUUUGUUAAACUAGUAUACUUAUUGGAUAGUAUAAAAACCCAUGCAUUUUGAAAAUGACCUUUAUUCUGUACCUAAAUGCUCUUCAAGCAUUCAAAAUGUAGUUAUUUGUUUUGUUUUAAAAACUUUGGAGAUUAUUUUGAAAGUGUAUGUACUUACAAGCUAUUGAUCAUCUUGUUUAUUUUUGACUAAUGUACAUUUUUGUACAUGUAUGUACCUGUAUGUAAAAAGCAGCCAUGAUGACUUUUCUGUUGGGUAAAUGAGAAUGAUUGUUUGAAAAAACUCAAUGUGCUUGCUCUUGAUCACUUUAUUUUUAAAUAUGAAUGGGAAUUUCAACCAAGCAGAAUCCUCAUAUUCAAAAGGUUGUGAAAUUUUGUAGUUCAUGUAGUUCUAGCUUACAUUUACUUGUUCCCUUCUAGAAAUUCAUAAUCAAAUUCAUCAGCGUCUUCAUCAUCGAUCAUAUUCAUUAUCAACUUUUACAGUAAAGUUCUGUUCAUUUGAUGACACAAAAUCAGUCAUCACAGCUAUACUAUUUGAGAUUACCCUUGCAAGUUUUCCAAUGAUACUGUAGCGACUUCUACUUGCAAUCUGAAAAUUCCCAAAAUGAUAGACUGAAAUGAAUACCACCACUUCUAUGGCCAUUUUAGAUUGAUAUUUACAAAGUUGGGUGCAUGCAAGGAUACAUGUAAAAGGGAAAUUUUUCAGAUACAUUUAAAAGCAAUUGAAAUAUUAAUAAGUUGCUUUUUAUUUGACAUUUUAUUGGAAUGAGUUUUAUUCUAAAACUUCUAAAUUUUUAUCUUCUUCCAACGAAUGGCUUGGUUUCUUUCCUGUGCAUCAAAGUACCGAAAUGAUUAUAAAAUUCUUUGCCACUCCUAUUAUCAAAAUAAGAUGGUUUCCCCCUAUAUUGAUACAUUUUGAAAAUGAGGAGUAUUGAUGAUUUAUUAAUAUGUUAAUAGCUGGACUUGAUGACUUGAAAUUUUAUCUUUCAUAGCAAAGGAUAAUCUACAAUUAUAUUUUAGUUUCAAAUAUAUUGUACCGAAAGAAAGUGAAUCAUAUGAAACAUUUGUCAUUUUCACUAAGUAUUUGUUUUUUUUAAAUCAUUAUAUUCCUAUGAUUUCUCCCACAAAAAUAUAUUCAUUCUUUUCAUCCAGUUUUGCACAAUUUCAUUUUUUGUGUGCUCCAUUUCUUUAUCAAACGAACACUUCAUUCUUGCCAAAUGCACAUUGGUACAUACGUAAACAUAUACACUGCAUUCUGGGUAAAAAAUGAACCACAAGGUUGUGCUAGAUGUUGUGAUAGUUAUUUUGCAACAAUUUACCAAGAAAAUCAUAUCAGUAUGUGUUGUUUUUCUAAAGAUGCUGACUCUGAAAUGAAACUCUAGGUAUAUAGUUAGACAAUGUCAAAUUAGUCAGGUACCCAUUAUAUUUUGAUUAAUUGUCAAAGAGUACAUGAUAUGAUCUGAAAGAGGUUGUGUUGAUAAAUUGUAUUAAAUCUUGUGAAGAGAACAAUCAAGGAUUGUUUUAUUUAUUAUGGACUUGGUUUGAGUUCAAUUCUGUUUUCUUUAAAAUUUGUUUAUCAAUAUUUUACAAGUUUGAUAAAAUAGAGAAAAGAAAGUUCAAGACAGGAAUAUAUUUAACUUGAUUUUCAUAACAAGCUAAAUUCAAAUAGAUUUGGUUAAAAUUUGACAGUUGUUAUCUUUAUUUAAAAAAAAUGUUUCGGGGACAAAUAUUUCAACGAAUAACUUCCCUUUAUGGAAAGAGUGAUAACUCUUAAAAUAAGAUUGCUGCAGUAUUUUCUUUUUCAACAAUCAUGGACCCAAUUUUCAUAAUCAUAUCUUCAAUCUCCACAAGAAAUAGUUCUGUUUUGGCAAGCAGAUAAUAAUGUUACUUUUAUAAUGGAAAAUGAAGUGAAGAGGUAUUGGAAAGAUAGAGGGUUGUUUCCUUCAAUUUUUUUUUCUAAAGAGAAGUACAUGCAAGCAAAAACAGCUUUGCUUUAUACAAUAAUAAAACCCUAAAUAGAUACUUUUUAGUUAGUGCCUGGUAGGCCUGCCCACUGCCUUUGGCAUGAAUAUAAUACUCAUUGUCCUCAAUCUCAAAAUAUGUCAUGUGUUGGCAAGUUCCAUAGGAAUCCAUGAGAUAUUUGUUGUAAAUCAAUCAAACUCACAAUUGAUUAUGUUUAAAUGUUUUAUGAUGUGUUUUCUUUGUUCUGACACUAAUGUGUUUUUUGAAUGGAAAUGACCUCAUUUAUGUUUUAUCUUUUUCACAUUAGCACUAGAACUGUUUUGUGCCAAAUGAUUUCAUUUGUUAUUCUUUAUUGCUUUAUUAUUUUAUGUUUAGACAUUUAGUAUGGCUGAACUUUAUUUUCUCCAACAUCCAUAUUAAUUUCUUUUCAUACAAAGCAUAAUUGAUUUCGAGAAUGGAUAACCCAUAAAUUGUUUACAAUAUUUACAAUUACAAAUAUUGAAUAUUUUUUAUUUGUGAAAAUUCUUCAUUUUUCCCAAAGCUUGUUUUUUCUCUUUUUAUGUGUGUUUCGUAAAUGUUGAAAAUGAACCAGACUUUGCAAAUACUCAGAAGUUUUAUUGUGUGUUGAUUAGUAGAGGGGGCUUAGUGCAAUUAGCUUUCUCUUUCUGGGAAACUGUAGACGAAUGCUUUCCUUGUCAUUUUAUGUUGUACAGACAAAAGUUAAUUAUAUCUUGUUGAUCAUUAAGAUUAUUAAAUCAUUUUUAUUUCAAAGUAAAAA